CGGGGAGCGGCGCCGUGGUGCUGAAGGACAGCUCCGCUCCGCGCCGCUCCGCGCCCCUCCGCGCCUCCCGCCGCCGCCCCCCGCCGCAGGGUGGCCGUCAGGCCGCCGGUCGCCGCGCCUUGAUGUGCCCCCCGCCACCGUUCCGGCGGUUCCCAUGGCGGUGGCACGGAAAAUCAAAACUUUGUUGACGGUGAACAUCUUGGUCUUCGUGGGCAUCAUCCUCUUCUCCGUCUACUGCAGGAUCCAGGACCGCUCCCAGGAGCUGGUGCAGAUCGUCCGGAGCGCGGAGCGCAGGGCCAGGAGCCGCGGAGCCAAGGUGGGCAGCCUGGCUGACAGGGAGUCCAUCCUGCAGCGCCUGGACCACCUGGAGGAAGUGGUCUACAACCAGCUCAAUGGUCUGGCAAAGCCCAUGGGAUUAGUUGAAGGUCCGGGAGGCCUGGGCCAGGGGGGAAUGGCUGCUACCCUGAGAGAUGAUAGCCAUGAAUCGGAGACCAAGUACGAAGAAUAUGGUUACAAUGCCCAGCUCAGUGACAGGAUAUCACUGGACAGGUCCAUCCCUGACUACAGACCAAAAAAGUGCAAACAGAUGACCUACGCGGAUGACCUGCCCCAGAUCUCCGUGGUCUUUAUAUUUGUAAACGAGGCGCUCUCUGUCAUCCUGCGCUCCGUGCACAGCGUUGUGAAUCACACCCCGUCGCACUUGCUCAAGGAGAUCAUUCUGGUCGAUGACAACAGUGACAAUGUUGAGCUAAAAUUUAAUCUGGACCAGUACGUCAAUAAAAGAUACCCGGGUCUGGUGAAAAUAGUGCGCAAUAAUAAACGAGAAGGACUGAUUCGAGCCAGAAUCCAAGGCUGGAAAGCGGCAACCUCUCCUGUUGUCGGAUUCUUCGAUGCUCACGUUGAAUUCAACAUUGGCUGGGUGGAACCUGCGCUUACCCGGAUCAAAGAAGAUCGAAAGCGGAUCAUCUUACCGGCAAUCGACAAUAUCAAGUACAACACUUUUGAAGUGCAGCAAUAUGCCAAUGCAGCCCACGGCUACAACUGGGGCCUCUGGUGCAUGUACAUAAUCCCACCGCAGGAGUGGCUCGAUAAAGGGGAUGAGUCAGCUCCCAUCAGGACACCAGCCAUGAUUGGGUGCUCGUUUGUAGUGGACCGAGAGUAUUUUGGUGAGAUUGGCUUGCUUGACCCUGGUAUGGAGGUCUAUGGAGGAGAAAACAUUGAAUUAGGCAUGAGGGUCUGGCAGUGCGGAGGAAGCAUGGAGGUCUUACCCUGCUCUCGUGUGGCACAUAUUGAACGCACAAAGAAACCCUACAACAACGACAUCGAUUACUAUGCAAAGCGCAACGCCCUGCGAGCCGCGGAGGUCUGGAUGGAUGACUUUAAGUCGCAUGUUUACAUGGCAUGGAACAUCCCCAUGGCAAACCCUGGAGUUGACUUUGGAGAUGUUUCUGAAAGAAUAGCUCUACGACAGCGACUGCAGUGCCGGAGUUUUAAGUGGUACUUGGAGAACGUCUAUCCUGAAAUGAGGGUUUAUAAUAAUACGGUCACUUAUGGAGAGGUGCGUAACAGCAAAGCUAGUGGCUACUGCUUAGAUCAGGGAGCCGAAGAGGAUGACAAAGCAAUCCUUUAUCCAUGCCAUGGAAUGUCCUCUCAGCUUGUCCGCUACAGCUCGGACGGCGUCCUGCAGCUUGGGCCGCUGGGCUCCACGGCCUUCCUGCCUGACUCCAAAUGCCUCGUUGACGAUGGGAAGGGCCGGACUCCGACUCUGAAGAAGUGCGAAGACGUCCUGAGACCAGCACAGAGGUUCUGGGAUUUCACACAGAAUGGUCCAAUCAUCAGCAGAGACACUGGCCGCUGUCUAGAAGUGGAAAUGUCCAAGGAUGCAAAUUUUGGGCUCAGAUUAGUCGUACAAAGGUGCUCGGGACAAAAAUGGAUGAUUAGAAACUGGAUAAAACAUGGCCGACACUGACUGCUGGGGCUGAGAAGCUGCCUCUCCUGCCGUUGUCCAUUGCUCAGUGUGCCAUACCAUGCAAGGCAUUUGUCUUAAAGCCAAUUAGUUUGGACAGGACUUGGCUCACAAGAGACCUCCACAGUUGGGCAUUCAAAGGCAAAAAGAAAAAUAAGAAAAAGAAAAACAGACGCAUACCUGCCCUAUUUAACUCUUCCUUGCUCCAGUAGAUGACCUGGGAAGCUUAAUGGGAGUUUUCUGUUGAUCUGAAAAUCUUGUGAAGCUCAGAACACAACAGAAAAGUGGGUUCCUUAAGGCUCUCCUAAAGGAUUAAUAGCUGGACGUUUCUAUGAGUUGAAAGGAGAGAUCUCUAUACUGCCUCAUAAGGAGGGUUCUCUGAUGGGUAGCUUUUUAGCUUUAAGUUAUCGACUGGUGCACAACUCCUAUGGUGAAUAAUCAUGUGCCUUUUUUAUUGUACUUCAUAUAAAAGGGGACUGGAAAAACCCUACCUUUUCAGCAUGUCUGUUUCAUGGUACUAAACAAGAUCUGUAAAUAACACUGGAAAUGUAAUAUAAUAUAUGAUAAAUUUCAAGGUUGAUUGUUUAGGAGUCUCUAUUUCUAGAAAGAGACUGUUCUGCAAAUGUUUACAGGUGGUUCUCAACCUUCAAGCUGCUAAAAAGCAGCACUUUAGAGACCUCUUCUAGUUAGACACAGGUAAAUGUUGAAUAGGUAAAGUAGCCACAUGCUCCGAUAUAUUGCCACAUUUUACGUUUCUUGAAUGUGAAGGCAUCAAAAUAGAGCACUUACAUAUUUAACUCUUCCAAGGCAGUAAAUGUCCUAGUAGGCGGAUGAAGUUCUAGAGGUCUGGGUUGGCCAACAAGCCCUGAGUACGUAAGUUGCAAGGCUCCUGGCCUGCAGUGUUGUACGUGCAGGCGCACUCUUGUGUUGUUCCACAUGGCUUUGGAAGCUGGAUACUCAUUACUUCUGAAAAUAAGUUGACUGAGUUAGGUGCCAUCUGUGGAAUUUAACAACUUGAAUCUUCCAUUUUGUUACCCAUCCUGUGAAAAUGUCAAACGUGAGCAAGUACGCUUUGUGAGCUCUGUCUAGAGAAAUUUCCUGAACAAACCAACAAAGGCUUCUCAAUAUUUGAAAACCAAACAAAAACCUAGUGAUAAGAGGGCAAAUUAGAGCAGGAAAGGACUAAACAGCAUAUAUAAGUACUGUUACUCUGAAAUAUAAAUAUUUUACUGUAGUUGACCUGUUGACAACAUCUUUGUGAACCUGAGUUUAAUAAUGUUACCCAGUGGUUCGUGCGGUGUCUGUGCACAGGUAGCCAGAGCAAUGACAAGGACGUAUCCAAAAGGCUGUCAAAAGUUGACGACCGCUCUCAAUGUCAGCAAGCUUUGGAUGCUGGUCCGUGGCAGACAGCUUUUCAGUACAGAAGAUUCAGCCGUACUGAAGGAGAGACAGAGACGGUAUCUGUUAACUUCGCUGUUUAAUAUUUUAUAGUAGUUUUAAAAAAGAAUUUUGUUUUGUUUUACUGAGCCUGGAAAAUAGGUACUUGCAGACACUGCGGUACCAUGAACCUUGGUGAUCUGUUUCUUGAAGAGCUUUUGCCAUUCCUAUUUCAAGGCAUGCUGAACAAAAUAAAAUGGAAACAAAGUUAAUUUUUCAAGGGCAUGAUAUGUAAUAAAAUAUUUACUUUUAACUUGUCAACUCUUGGUUGGUAUCCAGAGACCUUAUCGCUAUAUUUUGCCCUAAUUUUAUAUUUUGAAACAGAGUGUGCAAGAAGUAAUACAGAGCCAAAUCUCCUGGAGUUUAUUUGUGGGUAAUAGCUGAUUUUUAUUUCUGUCACGCGGACCAGGUUAUGCAUGAAUAUAUACAAAAGAAUAAUUCUGGGUGAGAUUCUAAAUAUAAAAUGCUUAAAAUUCCCUGUUUAUGGUUAGUUGAACACGACCUCUUGAAGAGUGCAGUAAGACCUGCAGGGCGAGGUAGCGUCUUUAACAAAGCAAGCAAUACGAUAAAAAGUCAUGGACAAGCUCAGUUUUCAAGCCUUCCUGCAGGUCUUAAACGGGGAGGAAGCGUCAGGCUAAAUAUAGAUUGGGAACAGUUGCCCUGCAUUUAACCUCCUUGCAUUAACCUAUUAGACAACUUAAAAGGAUAGCUACCAUCUAUGGAGCAGGUGUUGAGCGCUUCGUACAGGAGUUCUAUUUGUGAGUGACUUGUCACCUUCUCUCCAGAUACGAUUUAAAAGGAAGGAAUUGCAUGAGACCUGUGCUCUUCUUCUGUUUACUCUGGUUGAGUUUUACUCUGUGAAAUAUUUGGCCAUCGGAGGCACGAAGGCAAAAGAAGGGAAAAGGCAGUUUUACCGGGGGAGUUUUUUGGGGGAGUAGGGUCACAGGCCAUUCACACCGUUGGUAGUCUUUCCAAUUAAUAAGUGCUAUUUUAUAUGAAGAUGGCUGGAAGUUGAAAGUAACUAUAUAUCGGUGUGGCCACUAAAUGCCUAAGUAUUAGAGUAUAAAUUUGCUGCACUCAACAGAAGCAAAUUGCCACAUGCUUUUAUCUUUUUCCUUUUUUUUCCCCUUGUUUUGAAUUGCCAGUCUACGCUUGGUCCUUCAUUAGCAAGGGGGCAGCAAGCCUUUCACAUCCUGGGUAAAUGUAAAAGGAAGGCUGAAUAUUUGGAGGAAUACCAGGUUUUAAAUUUAAUAUCCUGAAAGGAGUGUUGCAUCUGCAGUUUAGGUGCUUUGAAGCCGAGAAACCCAGAGAAAUCUGCAUUUGCCGGCAAAGAUUUCACACAGGCAUGACAACCCUUCACUCUGACACCACUGAAAUGAAUGCGAAUUGCUUGUCCUUGGAAUUUCGCUGCUGCACGUCUUCAGGGCCCCGUGCAAAGCAUUUGAACGCAGCCACACCGUCUGCCUGAGAGCGGUCAGGCCUGGCAAACCUCGAGCGCAGAGGCCACAGGCUGCAGAAGGCUUGCAAGAACCAGACUUUCAUCAUAAGGAGGAAAGCAGAUUUUUGUGAGAGUUGAAUGUCUCUGAGGUUCACAGAAUAAUAUGAAAGAAUUCAAAUAACUCUUAAAAAUGUGGUUGGUAUUUUCUGUGAUUGUCAUUUUUUUAAGAUUUACUGAAGCAGUUUCAUAUAUUUGAGAAAUACAUCUGUUGGAUUCUUUUUACCUCAGUCUUUAUCUGUCUGAACCACUGCUUUGGCCACGGUGUUAACAUGGUGACUCUGCAUGUGAGAGAGAGGGUCUUAAAUAUUCUUUCGUAACGGGAAUAAUAAUUUUAAAAGCUUUGGGUAUUACCUGUUUUAACCAAAAUCUGUGGGUGUUUUGUCAGUAUUUCACCCCUUAGUACAAUCUGAAGUCCUGCUUAAUGUUGUUUGACAUUUUCAGUCAUUUCCCACAGUGCAGCAGUCCAGAUAUUCUAAAAAGUAAUUAAUAUAGUGUAAUAUGUCUUGUAGAGAUAAUUCAGAUCAGAACUUUCAAUCGCUAUUUUGUUUGAUUUAGGAGAUUAUGGUGUUAAAUAGUAGGUCCCAGGACAGGAGAACAGAAGGUGAUAAGAAACAUCAAGUCUAGUACGCUGCUGUCAGAGGCAAACCAUUAAAAACUACUUUUGUAAGCACGUCAAGAUCCCUAAAAAUUAGAGUCUUGUGAGGGAAAAAAAAAAAAAUCUAUUUCCAAGCUGAAUUUAUUCUUGGCUUGAUUCAAGCCAUUUGCUGCUCAGCCAAAAUUGUCCUCUAGCUUUAUUGGCUCACUAGCUACUGAGGCGUGCUGACCUCCAGUGGAAGGCAAGAAGAGCUAAAAAAGGUGUUGUUGAAGGACCCAAUGGGUUCCACUGCAGUUACAAAAAUAUCUAUAUUGUCUUCAUCCAUGAGGCAUGAGAACCCUUCAGGACUGUCCCACAACCAAGAAGUUAAACUCUGGCUCCAUGCAAGUGACCUAAGACAAAAAUACAGAAACAAACAACAUUUCUUCAUACAUAUUCUGAAAGCGUUGAACGAUCUGUCUCAUUUCGAUGAAUAAUUUGGGGUCUGAAGUCCAGGCGUUGGCAGUCCUUUGGAAACUUCACGUUUCUUUUCAUCAGCCUGCUCCUUUGUGAAAACUGCAGUUUAGUAGAUGAAACCCUCACUUGCCAUGUGACAAGGGGUGUAAUCUAUCUGACAUGGGACAGCUGCAAUUUUAAGUACUUAAGCCAGAGCUAAUAAGAUUUAAUGAAAUAGCACCAGUCCUAAUCUGUUCUUUAGAUCAAUUACACAGCAUGUAAUUCCUUCAGUAUCCAGUAUUCAUUUGAAAUGGUUCAUUAACAGCCAUACUAAAGCACAUUAUGGCCUGUUUCCGGGGCUCAGUGAGUUGGGCUGUAAGAAGAACUUCAAUACAAGUUGGAGAUCAGAGGGUGUUUGGCAUAUUAUUAUUCAGUUAGGAAACAAAUACCUUUGGUUUUUUCAUGAAAGGCUUUGGGAGGAAGAACAGCUGUCAGAAUUUGCUUGAUUGAAAAUAUUUCUAGCCUUGAUGUUCCAUUUUUGACUGCUAUUUUUUCCGCCUCAUUCUUACUGCUAAUCAAAGUUGAUUGUGAGGUCAUGCCACAGAUAAAAGAUGGUAUUGCAAAUUAGAGGAACUAGCUACCAAGCUGGAUAGAAACCAAGGAAUCACCAGGUCUUCACAUGUCUCUAGAUCUGGAUGCCACCAAAAUAAACUUAAUAUUAUCUCCUCUCUGGAAAGAAUCCCAAACUUAACAUAUUUUUGUAUUGCUUCAUGAGGAAUAUCUAUUCAAGAGACCACUGUAGUGUGUACCUCUACAUCUUUUUGUUGUUGUUGUUGAUUUGACUUUUCUCUGUGUGUGUGUGUGCGUGUGUGACAUUAGUGGAACUAAGGCGAGCGCUGUAACUACUAAAUGCAUGGAAAACACAUUAAUGGGCACCAUGAUCUACUGCAGUAUGUGCAUCAUGCAUCUAUAGCUUCCUGUGUGGUAACAAGGAUAUUCUUGAAGUACUGAUGCACUGAGUCCUGCCAGAGAUGGAGCCUGCUUACUGAGUGAACUGAGGGAGCUCAAGGGGUAAACACUGAAAUUAUAUAGUUAAUUGUCAGCGAAUUUACCACAAAGCACAUCAAUCUUUACAUCUUUGAAAAAAAUGUAACAAAUUAGCUUCAGGUUCUCUCUUAACAGUCUCCCUAUUUUACUCCGAUAAGUGUUGAAAAUACGUCGUCCUUAAAGAGAUUUGGGGUGCUUAUGCUGGGUGAAGACUUUUAGCGGUGUCUUUACAAUGCCCCAGCCAUCAAAGGCAUUAGAAAAAGAGAUUUACAGUGACCUCUUUAGCAACUUGUAAUGGAUUUUAGACUGGUUUCACAAAAUACGUUGACUUGUAAUACAAAGGCCUUAAUGAUAUGUAACUAAAGGUAUUGAGUUCACGGGUUGCCCUAAGUAAAAACAGUGCUUCCUUUGGCCAGGAAUAUUUCCUUACAAGUACCCCAGUGAAGCGAGAUAUAGCAAUCUGAUUUUGAAGAACAGAAUUUCUGAAUCGAGAAUAUUCUUCAAAGAGAUAAAGAGGCACUUAAUACUUUUCACAGGGUUGCAGUUUUCUAUUGGCCAUCAACACGUAUUGCCCAGUUUUCAAACUCUUUGUAAUAAGUUUAACUUAAAAAAACAAUGCAGCAACUGGAAGGCAAGUUGUGACUGCAAAUAAUCUUUCAUCAUGUGGCGCAUCAUCAAAUAAAUUUGUAUUUACACUUGAAAAGUUAAUAAAUUACUAUGCAUUUUACUGCUGA